CGAGGAGGCGCACUCUUGUUUUGUCCCGCGGGGGCGCACCCACUUUCGCCAACACGAUUUAGUUCUCAUUGGUCAUGCUGCUUCAUCCAACGCCCCACUCUACAUUUGCAUCAUCCGACAGGGUCCCAACAUUGGACGACGCAGUAUCGUACUGUGCAGCCACCACUUGCUACCGCUUUGCCAAAGACAGCGGCCUGUGUCUCCUCCACGCAGCUACCACACAGCAGCAUGCCACCUCGCUGCGUCAAUACCACGAUUCCCCUGCUACCACGACGCUCCAGACGCCUCCGCUAACAUCCGUCACCACUCCCCGUCAUUACCAUGACCUCACAAGCUACCUUCCCUCCAAAUCCUCCAGUGGCCGAUCGUCCCCACACUCGGACGCUGUUCGCGUCAGCUGUAAACUGUGCCAGGUCGACCAAUGCACCAAGCGCGCCAAGUCCAGGGGUCUUUGCAUAUCGCAUGGCGGAGGGAAACGAUGCGUCAUUGAUGGGUGUGUGAAGAGCGCUAAGGGGGGCGGGUUAUGCAUCUCGCACGGAGGGGGUAAGCGCUGCCUCAGGGAAAGAUGCAACAAGUCGGCAUUGCUGGGUGGCUUCUGCGCGCACCACGGCGGCGGCCGCCGCUGUGGACACGACGGCUGUACCAAGUACGCCCUCUCGGGUGGGUUCUGCAUUGCGCACGGCGGAGGCAAGCGCUGCAACUUUCACGCAUGCCCCAAUAGUGCCGUGAGUCGCGGGUACUGCGUGGCUCACGGUGGCGGCCCCCGAUGUGCCACCGCAGGGUGCAUGAAGGGUGCGGUCACGGGCGGACUGUGCAUCAAACAUAACGGCGGCAAGAAGUGUCAGCAGACCGCGUGCAGAAAGAAAGCUCGCACCAAGGGAUAUUGCUUUACCCACUUUAAAUAAAUUCUAUUUCUGACCUACCAUACAAUUUUUUAAUUGAA